AUGAUAAAAGUUUCUGCUCCUCUGGCCACACUACUCCUCUACGCUCUAAAGACAAUCCAUGGGUAUAACGUAAUUGUGAACAACACCAACUUUUUAUUUUCCAUUAAAGAUGCGCAGGUGGAGGGGCAUGUAUAUAAUUGGGGGGGAGAAGCCGAACGGGUGGAGGGGCUGGGAGAGGGUAGCCCGCUGGAGAGUGCCGCGGCAAUGUUGAAAAGCACCUGGGCGGACCAGGACGAUGUGGGGAGCGGCCAUGUGAGUAGCGCCCAUGUGCACCAGUUCGGAAGUGGGGACAGCCGACAUGAGGAAGCCCCCCAGCAGGGCGACGAGCGAAACGGCGGAGGUGGGGAUGGAGAAGACGAGAGGUCCAAGCUGUUCAACCUGGCCAUGGAACUGAAAGAUGGAUCAAACAACAGGAAAAAAAACAUUAACAAAAGUAUAAGUAUUUUCGAACAGCUUGUCCAGGGAAAGAAGGACCACAUAACCUCAUCGUCCUACUACGAGUUGGGCAAAAUACAUUUCAUUGGCUAUCACAAUUAUUUUUUUUCUUACAAACGGAAUGUGAAGUUAAGUAUUCACUUGCUAGAGAGAGCUGGUAGAAUGAGGAAUCCAGCAGCCCUCCAUUUUUUAGCGUUCAUUUACUUUUUCGAGUUCAACGUUAGCAGCGAGGGGGACAGUGGUAAGAAGUAUGAAGAGAGAAGCAGCCACUCCUAUGGUGAUGAAAAGGACGAGGAAAAUCUCCCGCAGAAGAAGAGAAAAACACACAUGGACAGGAGAAAUGUGAAAAGGAAAUAUGUGUCCAAGGGAAAGAUCAGUGGUGGUAGUCUCACACAUAGUGACCCCCAAGCUAACAACCACCAAAAGAUAAUCAAUCCUCUUAUAAAAACUUCAAUGGAAUAUGAAUUACAAGCAUGUGCACUGAACUACACCCCGUCUGUCUUAGCCAUUGCUUACAAAUACCUCUACGGCAUUAACCUCAAGAGCAGUUGUGAAAAGGCAAAGGAGUAUUAUAAGAGUGUAGCGGAGCGAGUUAUGAACUCAGAUUAUAUUAACGUACCCCUCUCCGAGAUGGACGUGCUGAAUGUGGACAACCUGAGCAUGCAGAAUGAAAUAAAUAACAUGAAGGAUAAUGAGGAGGACGUGCUGGAGUUUUUGAACGAGCAGAUAAAGGGGGGGGACGUCAUGGCUAUGUACGAUUUGGGGAAAAAAUAUAAAGAGGAGCGGAACUUCAGCAAAGCGUUUGAGUACAUUAGCGAGGCGUCUAAGAAGAACAACGCGCUGGCGCAGAAGGAGCUCGGAAUCAUUUAUCUGUACGGCUAUGGCACGCAGAGGGAUGUCAGGAAGAGUAUCGAGAGCUUCUCCAAGGUGAGUAGCGCUGUCAAAAGCGGCGUGAGGAGUGGCUUGAGUAGCGCUGUUAGUAGUGGCGUGAGGAGUGGCUUGAGUAGCGCUGUUAGUAGUGGCGUGAGGAGUGGCUUGAGUAGCGCUGUUAGUAGCGGCGCCGCCGCCGCGGGGGACGUGGAGUCCAAGUGCUACCUCGGCUACAUCUACUACUUCGUGGACGAACACAGAAACAUGCAGCUGGCGAUCAAGUACCUCGUGGAGGCAGCCAAGCACGAUUACGGAGAAGCCUUUUUCUUCCUCGCGGAAAUCAUCCUGGACAUAGCCAUAAAGAAGCACCACAUCGCGGACACUGUGUACCGCACCAUUUUCAAAUUAUAUGAACACGCGGCUGACCUGGGUUAUGUACAGGCCUACUUCCGCGAAGCGCAGCUGUACGAAAUCGGGAAGGGGGUGCAGGGAUCCUGUUUGAAUGCGGCCCUGUCCUACAAGUUCGUCGCAGAGAGCACCAUGUGGACCAAUCAAAUUAGGGAAGGCAUGAACUACUACGUACAGAAGGAGUACAUAAAGGCCUUCUACACCUACGCCCUGGCCGCGUAUGAAGGAUACGAAGUUGCACAAAGCAAUUUAAUAUACAUUUACAGACAUAACCGAUUCAACAGUUUCAUCAAGCCAGAAAAGGUCAUGCAGAUGCUACACCUCAUGUAUAAGCAGGGCAAUUACAAAGCGCUUUAUGAAAUUGGGGAGAUAUACAAAGAGGAGAAUAAGGACAGCGUGGCAAUUAGCUACCACAAGUUAGGGUUGAGCAAGGGUGACCUGCGUAACCUCGUUCCGCUUUCUUUAUACUACGAGAAGAAUAUGGAUCCGAAUAGGGCCCUCAAAUACCUCAACUACUUCCUAAAGCAGAGGAGGAGAGAGAAACCUUCGAGCAACACCAAGGUGGAGAAAAUGAGAACCAUUCUGGAAAGCUCCUUGUUGUACUUUCGUAAGUUUAAGUUACUUUUUAAAAGUUUGUACUCGUCGAGACAGAAAAAAAGGGAGUAG